UGAAUCAUUUUUGUUAACGCAGGCAAACUCUUUCCAGAUGAAAAACUGUUGAAAAUGAACAAAUUGUUGGAGAUUCUGUGCAAUCCCAACCGACGUAUUCCACUCGACACUUUACUGAAAUGUGAAAUAGCUUUGGAAAAGAUGGACUUUAAAACGUAUUCUUGUCCUCCGACCGGCGGUCUCAUCGGUAAUUUGAAAGAACAUCCGAUAAACAAUCCACUUCUGGAGGCUGUCAGUGCUAAUCUACAGAGUCCGAUCGGAAAUCAUACGUUGCAACGCUCAUUUCGACCGUGUCUAGAGGCGCUCUUCGGACCAGACAUCAAGAACCUGCCGUCGCCAGCAAAACAACAGAGGUUAUCCGUUACCAGCGAUACAACUUCAUCGUCAGCGCUCGAAAUUCCGCAUGUUCUGCAAGGGGAAAUCGCCCGGCUCGACCAAAAAUUCAAAGUGUCCCUGGAUCCAUCGUCCCAGAACGGCACCAAGCUAAUCAAACUCGUCUGUUGUUUGGACUCGCAGCAUCUGCCCUGCGUUCCGCCCGUUAGUGUUGUGAUACCGGACGACUAUCCGUACAGUGCGCCCAGCUGCAAAUUCGCAACCGGACAGGAGUACAAUGCAACUCCGUUCUUGAUAUCGGUGCAGAGUGCACUGAUUGCUCGCAUCUCGAAAUUACCAAAAUUAUUUUCGCUAUCGCAUUUGCUGGAGAUGUCGGUGCGUCAGGCAUGCUCACCGGCGUUGAAUGCACAACAAAUGAAUCCGACAGCUACGUCGGUGUUGCUGGGAAUUUAAAAUGAAUGCCAACAUUUAACGGAAUUUAUUAACUAAAUUUAUUUGGACUUUUUGGUCGUCAUUUCUUGUUGCCUCAAAAUAAAAACGAAUAUUUGUAUACGUAGAACGAA